AUAUGGAGGGCAAGGCACUAAAGGCAAUGGUAUUUUAGUUAGCACUGAGUAUAAAUAUAACCUUUACAGUAUUGAGAGUGUUUGUAUUACAAAAGUUUAAAAUAGUUUGGAAGUUAAAUAUAAAUACUGUUAAAUGUUAAAUACACCAAUCAUUCCUCAGGUCAAAGACUUACAGGUGGAGCGUCGAGUAGCAAUGAAGGAAGGCCAAAUGGUCAGAGACAUGGAGGGAACCACCUGAAGGGAUUUGGCCGCCCUCAUUAUAUUCCAGCUGUGGGAAUGGGACAAUUCAGAGGCCCCCAUCCUGCCAGAGACCAAGGGAAUGUGUAUGGUGGUAAUGGUUACAGAACUCAUCCAACUAAAGGUUUCAAUGGAGGUUAUGGUGGAGCCGGUUUGAGUCUGGGAUCUCUGUAUGGAAAUGGCGUAAAGGGACCAAUGAAAGGUUACAGUGCUUCAGCUGGUGUAUCCAAUGGACAAGGUUCACAAUCCAAUGGUCGUGCUGGAGUCAGAUCACCAAAUGGGUUUGGAAAGUCAAGAACUGGACCUGCCAAGGCUGCGAAAGCAGGUGAUUAUUCAGCCACAGUGAAAUAUAUGCAGUUUUAUUUAUACAAAGAAGCAGUACAGCUGUAA